CACGCUCACUCAUUAUAUCAUUCGUCCGCGGCCACGAUCUGUAAACUCUACCAGCACAACUCUUCGUCUCUCGCUUUUCAACUCAACCAACUCAUUCGAACGAAAAGAUCACACACCCAGCCCCGGCGGCAAACACUCAUCGAUGAUUCUCCCCUCAACAGAUAUGAUACCCCCUUCCACAACCCUCCAACCCCUUCUCUCCCUCUCCACCAAAGCCAAACUCAUCACCCGCUACCUCUUCAACGAAGCUCCCCUCCCGCUCUCCCUCACACACCAUGCACAGCUCCUGCUCGCUUUCACGAGCGGCGCGGCGCUUGCUUUCUUCUUCCAGCGCUACCGUAGCAACAAGGAGAAGAUCCAGCUCGCGGUGUUCCAUGUGCUGAAGUGCGUGGAGGGCAUGUCGGAGGAGCGGUUGAUGAAUCCGGGGACGUUGGUGGGGGAGAUUGAGGGGUUGGUUCGGGGGAUGUUGGAGAGGCAUUUGUCGCGUAGAGAGGCGGGGAUUGUGGUUGCGGAGUGUAGGAAGAGGGUCGGUGGGGACGGGGAGGAGGAUGGAGAGGGGAAGGUGGGGGGCGAGAGGAAGAGAAGGUGGGUGUGGACGAAGAAGGUGGAUGAGGUGGUUGAGGAAGAUAUCCACGAUGAUGAUCACGAUGAAAUGGAGGACGAGGUUCAGCAUCCUUUGGAGGGUCCAGAUCUCGCUCAACCCACCCAGGAACAGUCGCAGCAUGGAAGCCAAGAGCCGGGCGAGGACACGAUGGACGUCGACGACAGCUCCAUACAACCUCAGGUUCAACACCUCCCCGUCGGCCACCCCACCUGCCCCAUUCCAUCUUGCGGAGGUCGCAGCAGCUACAGCGCCCCGUUUGACUCAGACUCUGAUGACGCGAUUGUCACACCGACUCCUAUUCUUCACCCAACCUGGGCUCCUUCAAUCAGCUAUGGUGUCUCGUAUGACGACCCCAAUCUCUACUCUUCACCUGUGUCUUCAGACUUGGGUGAGAAGGCCGCUACGUCGACGCCAGCUCCGGGACCCAAAGUUGUCAAGCCGGCAUCACCGUCUCUGCUUGGUCCUCCCAGCGUCGACGAGGGUAGUACUUCGCUGUCACCCGUUCGCAAGGACUACACACCCCAACCUGAUCCUGCGGCGGACACUGAAGAGUACGGCGUUGCUAAGAGCCUGAAACGUCAUGGCAACGCAGCAAAAUCAAGAAAAAAGCGGCGCUCCAUUCCGGAUUCCUCCAAGUCGAUCAAGCUUGGGAUUGAGAUUGACCUCAAGCAUAGGAGACCGCUGCUGCGCAUAACUAACAUGUCGGCAACCUCUCUCAAGCUAGUUGUCAAGAACGUGGAGGAAGAGCGCCCUCCUACCUCACCUGCGAAGGGCGUCUUUUCGUGUCCAGUGUUCGAGGUCUCGGAAACCGAAGAUGAGCGUUACGCUUCACCAGCGUCUAGCACUAUGGUCUCUCCACUGGGAAGCAUCUCAAGCCCACCUCCAGCAUCCCCUGUCUCGGCUCCGUCGCUUUCUCCAGCCGUGGAAGACAACUUCAGCAUAGAUGGAGACAAAGGCAAGGCCAUUGCUGAAAUCUCGUCUGCUAUCGAGACUUGUAUACCCUGUCAGGCUGAUGUCUUUGUACCAGUCGUGGGUACAUCUCCUUUCGAAAAUCAGCUGUCCUGUCACGAAGAACCUUCUUCCGACGACGACGACGACGACGACUAUCCCUCUUCUACCGACGACUGUUCUUCUUCUUCCGAAUACUGUCCUUCAGUAACCAGUCCAGCAAACAACUCACCAAAACAGGAUUCACCAAGUGCAUCUCCACCUCAACAACAAGGUGAGCAUAAGCAGCCAAUUCUUCCAGCGCCAACAACACCCAUCAAAUCACGCACACAUGCUAAGACGCCUAAAACGCGUUAAACCUUGGUAAGAAAAGCAGCUUAUAAAGGUGUUUAUACGUAGUGAGAGAGUAGAUUCUGGACUUGGGUAAGCGGAUUGUUGCUAUGGCAUAGCAUGAAGGAGAGAGAGGUGAGUGUGUAAAGUAGACUGUGUUCUUGGUAAGAUCUAGAAGUAUUAGUGUAAGUUUCUUUCGUGUAUAUGGAUAUCUUUGGUAGGUUUAGCUAGACUG